AUGUCCACUUCAAAAAAUCCUGAUACUACUCAAAUUACAUUUUCUCUCCUCCAACGCAACAACUCACCGCCUCAGCCGGGGGAGAGGAGGGGCAGGCGGAAUCCGGCAGAACCAGGUCGGUUCCUCGGAGUAAGGAGGAGACCGUGGGGAAGAUAUGCCGCCGAAAUUAGAGACCCGACCACAAAGGAAAGACAUUGGUUAGGAACAUUUGAUACUGCUCAUGAAGCUGCCCUUGCUUAUGAUAGGGCCGCACUUUCUAUGAAGGGUAUUCAAGCCAGGACAAACUUUGUUUACACUGAACCAAACCGAGCAUUCAAUUAUCCUAAUAAUAAUAUUUAUGAUAUUGUACAACCAGAACUAGUCCAUCAGCAGCAACAACCAACUACUGAGUUCUUGAUUACUACUACCCAGAAUACCAAACAACCCACGUGGCAACACCAAACUGAAAGUGACACGUGUUCUCAAACCUCGUACGGUUCGUCACCUAAUGAGACCAGUUUGUUCUUCCCAGAAAAUAUUGUCGAUCAUAAUGCUAAUUCUGGCUAUCUGGGAUGCAUAGUCCCGGAUAGCUGCCUGAGGCCAGCCCAUGUAGUACCACCAGCCAAUUACAAAGAUGAAAAUAUUGGUUCUUCGAGUAUGGGGAAUGAUAAUAAUAAUAAUAUUGGAGAAUUUGGUAAUUAUAACUAUGGAACAUCAUACUGGGGAUCAUCAUCAUCAUCAAGUGAUCAUCAAUAUCAGAAUUACUCUUGCGAACUGUCGGCGGUGAUCAAUAGCCCUACAAUGGCGGGGGAUUCUCAUAUGAAUGAAGAUGAUCAUAAUAAUUAUUAUGAUGAUGGGAACUAUGGUACUUACUACUAG